AUCGACGUCAAUAUUUUGAUAAAAUAUAAUAAUUAUUGUUUGAUACAGAGUACAGUGUCGUCGUCUCGUCCCUCAAACCGAUUUUGAAAUCCAAAAUAUUCGAAAAUAGAUCGUGCCCAUUGCCUAUAGUUGUACGUCUUGUGUUCGGUGAUUAAUUUCUUUGUCGCCAAACGAAAGUCUUAAGUUUCCAAAAUGCCAAGAGGAAAGUGGACCAACCACAAAGGACGGAGUCGCAGGUUUACAAAUCCCGAAGAACUAGAAGAACAGAGAAAACGCGAGGAACAGGAGAGAAGGUGGAAGAAAAAUAACAGAGGCGAUGAUGAAUCGUCGAGUGAAGAAGAAGAAAAACCCGCGACCAAAGGAGACAAGAGCAAUAGUGAGGACGAAUCGGAAAGUGAAAGCAGAAUCCGAAGAAGAAUCCGAUGA